UGCGCGUGGGAAGAGAUUAUUUGUGGAAGAAAAGUCAUGGAAAGCAAAUAUACAUGCUCCCUAAAACAAAAGGGUCAGUAUUCCAGACCCUCAGCAAAUUGCAUAUCUUGAGCGUCAACAUAUAAUUCAAACAUCAGUUGCAAACCGAGGGUCAAAGCAUCAGGACGAGAACAGUUGAGGGUUGACCGUUAUCACCCAGGCAACCAGGCUUAGCCGGUUCCUUCUACUGCGGGUUUCCGGCAACUACUUCUGCGCUUGCUCAAAUCCUUCGUGUCAGACCGUAGUCUCUUAAGGACCAGUUUCUCAUUUAACUUGGCCCGAGGAACGCUCCGUACUCAGGAGUGUGGGCGAACUGGAGACGUAAAAGGGAUUUGGAUUGCGAUUGGUUCACAUUUAAUGUUCCCGGAACUCGAGCACCUACUGUGCUACCAUGGUCCAGCACUGUGAAGCCCUCAACCGGUCUGUCCAGGUGGUAAAUCUAGACCCGGCAGCAGAACAUUUCAACUACCCUGUGAUGGCUGAUAUCCGGGAACUGAUUGAAGUGGAUGAUGUGAUGGAGGAUGACUCUCUCCGGUUUGGUCCCAAUGGAGGAUUGGUGUUUUGCAUGGAGUACUUUGCCAAUAAUUUUGACUGGUUAGAGAACUGUCUUGGCCAUGUGGAAGAUGACUACAUCCUUUUUGACUGUCCAGGUCAGAUUGAGUUGUACACUCAUCUGCCUGUGAUGAAACAGCUGGUCCAGCAGCUGGAACAGUGGGAGUUCCAAGUCUGUGGCGUGUUCCUUGUUGAUUCUCAAUUCAUGGUAGAGUCCUUCAAGUUUAUUUCUGGCAUCCUGACAGCCCUGAGUGCCAUGGUCUCUUUAGAAAUCCCACAAGUUAACAUCAUGACGAAAAUGGAUCUUCUGAGUAAGAAAGCUAAAAAGGAAAUUGAGAAGUUUCUAGAUCCAGAUAUGUAUUCUUUGUUGGAAGAUUCGACCAGUGACAUAAGAAGCAAAAAAUUCAAAAAAUUGAAUAAAGCUAUAUGCGGACUGAUUGAUGACUACAGCAUGGUUCGGUUUUUACCUUUUGAUCAGUCAGAUGAAGAAAGCAUGAACAUCGUGUUACAGCAUAUCGAUUUUGCCAUUCAGUAUGGAGAAGACUUGGAAUUUAAAGAACCAAAGGAGCACGAAGAUGAGUCUUCCUCUAUGUUUGAUGAAUAUUUCCAAGAAGGCCAGAAUGAAUGAGAUUUUCACUAAAUAUAUGUAUGAAGAUCUUGUGACGAAAUCAGCAGAAUAUUCUCUUCAAAAGAGGCAGUAGUAGAAAGCUGCUUAUUUUAAUGAAAAAAGGAGUACUUGGCUGUUUGCCAGGAACAUCCCUGGAUCAAGUUCUAAGUUACUCUGAAACUGCUUCUGUUGAAGGGGAAUCUUUUAGACCUGGAAGAGGAGCCCAGUGGAAGAAUACCAUGAAGCACAUGUAAAGCCCUGGCUUUGAUUCCCAGGACAUUGUUGGGGGCGGGGGCUGGAAUCUUUAGUAGGAUUCUAAUAGCAUAAAUUUUUUUUUUUUUGGUGCUGGGGAUCCAACUUGGCUCAGGCGGUGGAACCACUGA